AUGAUGGAAAGAAACGGAACGGAGGUGUGUCGAGAAAACGAUCGGUUUAGGUUGGCGGUGGUUGUAGUAACGAGGUGGGACGGGGCUAGGGUGCCAUAUGACGAGGCAAGUGGAGUGCACAAGAAGAACCCACCCCAGAAGGCCAGGUUCGAAGAAAGGGCUGAAAAGCUCUGCGGUAGAGACCCUAGAGCCCAGGCACAGAUUCAGUUCGCCGACGGAGCUUGUCGGAUACGCGCCGGGGUGACAGAGGCUCCGUGUGGUGCGUCUGUGGACGAGGGUCCAGGAGGUUGGCGGUGGAAAGAGGAAACGGGGAGCACAGAGCGUGAGAUAGACGUACGACGUACGUGA